CAGACGUUUAUCGUCGGAGCAGAAGAGCAGGAGAUGGAGGUCACCGUGAAGUGUCUCUACGUGCUUGCGUUGUUGCUGUUGAUCUGCAACGGCGGGACGGAGAGGGUCGACGGGGCGGGUGAAUGCGGUAGGGUGCCGGUGAGGAGGAUGGCUCUGCAAAUGGCUCCCUGCGCGUCAGCUGCGCAGGACGCCCGGCUCCCGGUCUCGGCUGGCUGCUGCGCGGCGGUGAAGAAGAUGGGCCGCAACCCGAGCUGCCUGUGCGCCGUCAUGCUCUCCGACACCGCCAAGAGCGUCGGCGUGAAGCCGGACGUGGCCAUGACGAUCCCCAAGCGGUGCAACCUUGCAGACCGCCCCGUGGGUUACAAGUGCGGCGGGUAUACAUUGCCGUGACAACAGUGAAGAGAGGUGACAGAGUUCUGCUGCUCGGGGGAUGAUGCUGUGGCUUGCUGUGCUAAAAGUAUCAUUCACAACGUCAUGUCUAUGCUUCAUGAUAUUAAAUAAAUAGCUGAUUUCUCCGGGCUUUUAGUGAA